CCAGGCAGAUGAUUCUGCGAAAGAUUCAGACCUGACAAGUGAAGAAACAUCUCUGCACAAGAUGUCACCCAAGAGUGGCCAUAGCCACAGUGUUGAAGUGACCUCCAACCUUACAAAGCCAGGAGAAGCCAGUACUGCUUGGAGUGAGGGCGGCGAGGGCGAAUCUGAACUCCUGGAGGCACUCUCCCUGAAGGAGCGGAUGGCAAGAUACCAGGCAGCUGUUUCCAGGGGUGACACCCGCAGCUUCUCAGCUAAUGUCAUGGAAGAAUCUGAAGUGUGCACAGUGCCUGGUGGUUUAGCCAAGAUGAAGAAACAAUUUGAAAAGGAUGAAGUGACUUCAACCUGUAAUGGUUUUUCUGAGUAUCAAUACCAACACCAGAGCAGAUCUGAACAGGAAGCAAUCCACAGCAGUCAAGAAAUGAGAAGGAAUGAACAAGAAGUUUCUGAAGCAUAUGGAACUGAUGUCUUCAAAACAGAAAUGAUAUCACAUCUUGAAAAGCAUACUGAGGAAAUAAACCAAGCUUCACAGUUUCAUCAAUAUGUUCAAGAAACAGUCAUUGAUACACCUGAGGAUGAAGAGAUUCCUAAGGUUUCUACUAAGAUUUUAAAAGAGCAAUUUGAAAAGUCUGCCCAGGAAAAGUUUCUCUACUCUGACAAAGAAACAACAACUCCAUCCAGGUGUAUAAAGAUGAAAAAUGACAGUGAAGAACCCUUAAAGCCAUCAUCAGCUGUGGCUACCUCUUCUUCUUACACUUCAACCAGUCAGAGGAAGGAAACGUCAGCCUCAAGUUACAGUAAUCACAGUGUCACUUCAGCAUCCCUGGCACAAGUUAAUGGCACCCCUUCAGGGAAGAUGGAAGAAUUUCCUCCUCCCCCACCUGAUGCACUUCAAACACUAGUGGAUGUGACAGCAUUUUCCCAGUCCCCUGUUCCCAGUCCCCCUAGGGGACUACCAAUCCCCAAAGAUUUAUAUUCCAAACGAAGAAAUUUGUAUGAGUUAAACCGUUUAUAUAGACAUAUCCAUCCCGAGUUACGAAAAAACUUAGAGAAAGACUACAUCAAUGAGGUUUCUGAAAUUGUUUCUAGCCAGAUAAACUCAGGAAACUCAGGUUCAGCAGAUGUACAACAAGCUCGGUGUAUUUUUGAAAACACAAAUGACAGUUCUCAAAAGGAUCUGAACUCAGAAAGAGAAAACCUGGAAUGGGAUGAAAUUCUGAAAGGAGAGGUGCAGUCAAUGAGAUGGAUUUUCGAGAAUCAACCAUUAGAUUCUAUCAACAAUGGUUCUGCAGACGAAGGGUACACUUCCAAGACUGUUGCUGACCAAGAACUCAUUGCUGGUGGUGAUGUGAAGUAUACUACUUGGAUGUUUGAAACUCAGCCAAUAGAUGCCCUGGGGGUCCCUUCUGCUGGCACUGAAGGAAACACGGAGAAGAUUCCUGAGCUAGCUAGAGGAGAUGUUUGCACAGCAAGGUGGAUGUUCGAAACAAGGCCUUUAGACUCAAUGAACAAAAUGCACCAAAGCCAAGAAGAAGCAGCAUCUACUGCUAUAAAUGGCAUAACUGGGGGAGACGUCAAGACCGUAAGAUACAUGUUUGAGACUCAACACCUAGAUCAACUUGGACAGCUUCACUCCGUGGAUGAAGUUCACUUAUUACAACUCAGAUCUGAACUCAAAGAAAUUAAAGGAAACGUCAAGAGAAGCAUAAAGUGCUUUGAAACGCAACCAUUGUAUGUCAUCAGAGAUGGUUCAGGCCAAAUGCUAGAAAUCAAAACGGUACAGAAAGAAGACAUCGAAAGGGGGGAUGUGAGAACAGCACGUUGGAUGUUUGAAACACAGCCUUUGGACACAAUUAACAAAGAUAUCACAGAAAUUAAGGUUGUUCGAGGAAUAUCCAUGGAAGAAAAUGUCAAAGGUGGGGUGAGUAGAGCAAAGUGGUUAUUCGAGACACAACCCCUGGAGAAAAUCAAAGAAGAGUCAGAAGAGGCUGUCCUUCAAAAAGAAGCAAUCAUAGGUACAGAUGUUUCUAAAAAGUGUUGGAUGUUUGAAACACAGCCAUUAGACAGUCUAAAAGAAGUUCCUGAUGCAGAUACUGUAUCAGCUGAAGAAAGAAUAGGAGGUGACGUAAAAACCACCAAACAUCUAUUUGAAACACUUCCAAUAGAGGCUCUAAAAGACAGUCCUGAUGUUGGAAAACUUCAAAAAAUCACUGCCUCUGAAGAAGAAAAGGGAGAUGUGAAGCACCAGAAGUGGGUCUUUGAAACUCAACCUUUAGAAGACAUUAGAGAAGAUAAGAAAGAGUAUAUAAAAACAGUGAGGCUGGAAGCAGUUGAUAGAGGCAAUGUAAAGAACUAUACACAUAUCUUUGAAGCCAACAAUUUAAUUAAGGUUGAUGCAUCACAUCAAAUUGAGGUGGAAGGAGUCACCAGAGGCACCGUGGAGUUGAAUAAAUCUCUCUUUGAGACAAUCCCACUGUAUGCUAUUCAAGACCACCUUGGAAAAUACCACCAAGUGAAGACAGUCCAGCAAGAAGAAAUCCUAGCAGGAGAUGUGAGAAGCUACAGGUGGCUUUUUGAAACAAGGCCCAUUGACCAAUUUGAUGAAAGCCUUCAUAAAUUUCAGAUAAUUAGAGGAAUAUCUGCUGAAGAAAUACAAGCAGGGAGUGUGAAAUCUGCUAGAUGGUUGUUUGAAACUCAGCCCCUUGAUUCAAUUAAAUAUCUUAGCAGCGAGGAAGAAACAGAAAGCAAAACUGAACAAACUACAGAUAUUGUUAAAGGGGAUGUCAAAACCUGUAAAUGGCUAUUUGAGACCCAGCCAAUGGAGUCUCUUUAUGAAAAGGUUUCCUUGAUGACAAACACUGAAGAUAUUCACAAAGGUGAUGUCCAAAGCUGUACCUGGCUUUUUGAAACUCAGCCACUUGAUACUAUAAAAGAUGACUCUGAAGCAACAGUCAAACUUCAAACUGUAAAGCAGGAGGAGAUCCAAGGUGGGGAUGUUCGGACAGCAUGUUUUCUCUUUGAGACAGAAAAUCUGGACAACAUACAAGGGAAUGAAGGGAAAGAAACCAAGCCUGUGGAGAUGGAUAUACAAGCUGGGGAUGUCUCUGGCAUGAAGUAUAAGUUCGAAAAUCAGCCCUUAGAUUCAAUCAGUUGCAGUUCAGAGGAUGUUUUGAAUAAGAUCAAAACCCUAAAAACCGAAGACAUUCAGAAAGGCAAUGUGUUACAUUGUAGGUGGCUAUUUGAAAACAAACCCAUUGAUAUGAUAAAAGAAAAUCAAGAAGGUGAUGGAUUGGUUAAAACAGUGACAGACAUACAAGGUGGAAAUGUGAGAAAGGGCUGCUUCGUUUUUGAGACAUUCUCUUUGGAUGAGAUUAAAGAAGAAUCUGAUGGCACCAGUACCAGGGAAACAAACACUGAAGAAGUAAUAAAAGGUGACGUAAAAAGCUACAAAAUGCUCUUUGAAACACAGCCACUCUAUGCAAUUCGAGAUCAAGAAGGGUUUUAUCAUGAAGUAAAAACAGUUAAAAAAGAAGAAGUAAUUCAUGGAGAUGUACGGGGAACAAGGUGGCUCUUUGAAACAAAACCAUUAGACUCCAUUAAUGAAUCAGAAGAUGUGUAUGUCAUUAAAUCUGUCACUCAGGAAGACAUUCAGAAGGGGGAUGUGACUUCUGUCAGGUACAGAUUUGAAACUCAGCCACUGGAUCAGAUUUCAGAUGAAUCCCAUAAUAUUGUGCACACUGUUGACUAUAUUCAAGGAGGCAAUGUGAAGAUGGGUAAACAAUUCUUUGAGUCUGAAAAUAGUGACAAGAAGAAUUAUAUCAGAACAGUAAGUGUCAAUGAAAUACAAAAGGGCAAUGUUAAGACUUCUACUUGGCUCUUUGAAACUCAUAGCAUAGAUGAGCUGGGAGAAGGAUCUGGAUAUGAAAAUAUCAAGACUGUCACCCAGGAAGAGGUGCAGAAAGGUGAAGUUAAGAAUGCAGUGUGGCUUUUUGAAAAUCAAACAUUGGAUUCCAUUAAGAAAGUAGAUGAAAGUGCUGCAAAAAUGACCAAAGAAGAAAUUCCUCCAUCCGAUGUCAAAACAACGACGUGGCUGUUUGAAACAACACCUAUUCAUGAAUUUAAUGAAACUAGAGUAGAGAAGGUAGAAAUUAUUGGCAAAAGUAUCAAGGAAACACUGGAAAGCCUCCACUCUCAAAGAGUUAUUGAAGCUCCUGGAAUUAUCAUUGAAGCUGAUGAAGUUGGGGAUGUCCGAAUGGCAAAAUACAAGCUCAUGAACCAAACAACUCCAGAGAUACAAAAGGAAGAUGUUAUCAGAGCUGAUCUCAAAAGCAUAAUGAUGAAUUUACUUUCCCAAAGAGACUGUACAAAGAAAGAGAUAUUUGUCAGUGAAGAGGAGAAGGGAAAUGUCAAUUUGACUAAAACUCAAUUAUUAAACAGAUCAACUGAAUUUUAUGCUGAAAAAGAAGAGAUAGUGAAAGGGGAUGUAAAACAAGCAAUAACAAAUCUGUUCUCAGAGGAAAGAUGUGCAAAGAAAGGAAUCUUAAUUCAGGAAGAUGAAAAAGGAGAUAUUAACAUGACUAUUUAUUGUCUUCUGCAUGAAAAUGCUGGUGACAAGAUUGAGCGUGAAGACAUAAUAGGAGGUGAUGUAAGACGCACAAUUCACAACCUGUUAUCUUCUAUAUCAAAUGCUAAAAUACCUGAAAGGACAAAAAUCGAUGCCUUAGAGAGGGGAAACGUUCAGUUCUUCACAACAUGCAUAGAAACUGGAGCUUUGGAUUACCUCAAACAACUCCAAACAGGGACAAAUGAAACUCUCACAGCUAGGAAACAAGAGGGAGGGGAAGAAAUAAUUGGCGGUGAUGUUGAGGGCACAAAACUGUUACUAAAGAAAAGGCAGUCUCUGUUUGAACGUUCUGUUAAUGAAACUGACAUCAUCUCAGGAGAUGUGCAUAAUACAAUUAAAGUCUUAAUGACAGGGCCUCAGUGUUCAUCUAAUAAGACACAGAAAGAAGAGAUUAUGAAAGGUGAUUUGAAAUCAACCCUAAAUUCUCUCAACCAGGCCAUGAAUCAGAAAAUAAUGGCUAAAACAGAAGAAAUCAGAAAAGGUGAGUUGGACACACUGGAGUCAAGUGACAGACAGAAGGAAUCUAAACAAUCUGGUAGCAUCCCUAGUGAUAUUGAGCAAGCUAUUGAGUGCCUGGAGAAGGCUACAAAUACAAGGACUGAAAUACUGAAAAAAGAGUUGAUACUAGAUGAUCUUGAAACAUCAUUAAGGUCUUUGAAAGAAGCACAAUGGGGUUUCAAAGAAGUUGAUAAGGCAGGCAUAACCAAAGAAGAUGCACUGCCUGGGAUAGCAGGAUUCUCAGAAAGACAAAAAACAGGAAUUAAUCCAGCAGCUGUCCAGAGAGACAAAAAAAGUCUUCUUCAACCAAUGCCAGGACCAUUUGAGCCAAUAACCAGGCAGCAAGCAGGACCAGGCACUCUCAAUGAAACUACCCAGAAAUCCUACCACCGGUCUUUAAUAGAAGAAAUAUCUGAGGCUAAUCUUCCCAGAGCCCCUAAGGGCACUGUAAAAAUUGUCAUUGAUCGUGAACAAAACAAUGAUGCUCUUGAGAAAAGCCUUAGGAGGAUGUCUAACUCAGAACACAGAGCUAUGAAAAGUGUCUUAGACAUGAGUGACAGAAUGGGCAUCUCGACUGAGAGCAAAGAAUAUCUGUGUGGUGGCAAGGAUAUGGGCAAACAGGUAACUGCAACCACCUCAAUGAAGGAAAAUCUGAAAACCAAGGAAUCAGAGAAUGUGAUAGAUUCAAAGGAUGAUAUCUUUAACUUCACCCAGUCUGUGGAUAAAAUGUUUAGAAAGCAGCAGACUCAAACUUGUGAACUAAGGAAUGACCACCAAAAGUCUCAGUUCCAGGAUUCCUAUAGGAAGAGUCAAAAUAAUACCAAAAACAUGAAUAUAUCAUCAGUGGUACAAAGUUAUACACCAAAUCCCACUCAACAUCUUAUCAAUAAGACAGCUGGAGAAAUGCAUAAGACGACAAGGGACUUUCAGAAGCAAACCUUCCUAAGCCAGGAAACACGGUAUUCUCAUAAAGAUACAAAGAAAAAUGACAGGGACCUUCAACCUUUGCCUGCAGAUAAGGAUGUACACAAUGUAACAGGAGUAGGAGUCUCUGGGAAAAGCCACAAAAAAUUUCAGGCAACUGACAAAGAACAGAAAAUUGAUGUUUGUCUAGAAAGCCAGGACUUUCUAAUGAAGACAAAUACUUCCAAAGAGUUGAAAAUGGCAAUGGAGAGGUCCUUUAAUCCAAUCAACCUUCACCCCGAGUAUAAUAUAAAAGAAAACGAGGACUCCCUUCCACCUCCAUCUCCCCCUCCUCCUCCACCUUCCAAUGCAUCAUCUGAAAUUGAAUUUCCUCUCCCCCCUCCACCACCUUUAAUGCUGUUGCCUGAAAAAGAUGAGUUUCUUCCCUCAUCAUCCACAGAGAAGACAAAGACUGAAUUUGAAAGCUUCCCAAGUCUCCCUCUUCCUCCACCACCAGUAGAUGAGAAAUCUGAAAGAGAAUGUCUGUCAGCAUCCCUACCACCUCCUCCAAAGCCAUCACAAGCCUCCUCUGUCCCAGAAAAUCAAAGUGAAGCAUUCACACAGCAAUAUUCCCAAAGAGAAGCCUCAGGCUCUCAGCAAAUUCACUCUCAGGCUAACACCCUAACAGGGAAGUCACCACCUCCUACACUUCCCAAACCCAAAUUUCCCAAGAGAAUUAAAGAUAAAAUGAGCCAGCAGUCCCCAAAUGGUGAAUUGGGAAGAUCUCUGUCAGAUAUGGAAAUUAAAACUACUCUUUCAAAGGAUCAGAAAAGAUCAAUGGUGGCAACGAGCAGUAAGCACACAGAGACACAGCAGGAAGCAUCCAGAAAAUGUCUUGAUGAAAGAAAACAGCUGUCCAUCCACUCAGCACACUCUCUCUCUCAGACAGCUCCAGAAAUCCCAGCACUCAAAGGAAAACAGACAGCACCCCUUGUUAAAUCCCACUCAUUUCCAUCAGGUUCAGAACAACAAAGUCCAAAGCCUUAUGUGAGAAAAUUUAAGACGCCUUUAAUGAUAGCUGAAGAAAAAUACAGACGGCAAAAGGAAGAGACUGAGAAACAGAGACAGGAGAAUUCUUGCCACAGCAUUGUUCAAACAGAAACCUACCACCAAAACAUAUCAGAGAGAGAGAAAGAAUUAGCAUCACACAAAGCAGGUGAGGCAGUCCCCAUACCCAGAAAGGAUUUGGAUUUGACUAGGGCACAAUCCAACCUGGACUCUAAGAACAGGGCUGUGUUUGCAGGCAUGAGUUCUGACAGCCAGCUCUCCACAGCUUCUGCCUUGGCGGUUGCUACUGAGAGGCUCCAGCAUGUUCUAGCAGCUUCAGAAGAUAAGUGUACCAUUAGAAAGGAAGGCAUACAAAGCUCAAAGGACAUGCUGCAAUUGAAAUCAGCUUGUGAAAUUAGCCAGAGUCACAAUGACAGUAAGACACAACAAACACUUGAGCAACAUAUGGAGAACUUGCCCUUUCCCCAAAGCAAACCAAUUUUCCCAAGUUUCAAAGUGAAAACUAUCAAGCUACCAACUCUAGAUCAUACAUCGACUGAAACAGAUCUCACUUCUGAAAGUCACAUAAAGCAAUCUGAAAUUGACAUCCAAACCAUUGCUAAACCAAUGAAUCAGGAAAUCAAGAAGACCCAAGCAAGGGCACAAUGUGAUAAUAAGCAAUCUGUGCCUGAAAAAUCUUCUCAAUUACCUAAAACAGAGAAAAGAGUGACAGUGCAAAUGCCUGAAGACUACUCAGAGAAAAAUCAAGAGAAUAAGCUCAAAACAGUUCCCAAGAGACAGAGGGGGUUUGGGGAGUUUGACAGAGAGAGUGAAGAAAGGAAUCAGGACUUAUCAAUGAGCAGGUCAAAAGAAGACAGAUUAAUAGUUGAAAGAAAACAAGAAGAUCUGCAGGACCAGCGAGUACCAAGGUUAGUCCAGCAAAAGAUUAUCGAUGCAUGUCUGGACUCACAGACUCAGAAUUUUCAGCAAACACAAAUACAAGCUUCUGGAAGUACAGUUGAGAAAAAAUGUCUUAGAGACAACGACAUGCAACAGAGACAUGUCUCUCCUAACACUGAAGAUUCGAAACAAGAGAUUACACAGAAUAAAUCUCCAUUUUCCUCUGUGAAAGGAUCCCAGCACGAUGAUGGAAAAUGUGGCAUAAAUAUAUUGGAAUUCUUGAGAAAACGUGAAGAACUACAGCAGAUUUUGUCUAGAGUAAAACAGUUUGAAGCAGAGUCAAAUAAAAGUGGCCUUAAAACAUUUCAGACACUGUUAAAUAUUGUUCCAGUAUGGCUGAUAAGUGAAGAAAAAAGAGAAUAUGGAGUUCGUGUUGCCAUGGAGAAUAAUUUAGAAAAAGUCAAAGAAGAAAUAGCACAUAUUAAAACUCAAGCAGAGGAUAUGCUUAUGCACUGUGAACAUAUAAUUCAAACAGCCAUGAUGGCCUCACAAACAGGAAAGCAGAAAGAUAAGCGUACCCAUCUUAAUGAAAUGUCAUUGAAAGUGUCUAAUGUUAAUGCCAACUCUAAUAAAUGCACUGAACAGAAAGAAAAUAAAAUUGUAGAAGAAAAAUUAUCAUCACACCACCAAGUAGCAACUACUCAUAAUCCUGCUAGCACACAUCAGGAGACUAAGGGAGGAGAUAAUAAGAUUGCUCCUCCCUCUUUGAAAACUCGCCCACCAUCACCAACGUUCAUUACAAUAGAGUCCACUGCCCGACGAGCAGAAGCCUCCACUAAGAGUGAGCUUUCGCAGUCCCCUAAAAAGAACAGUUGUACUGAACCUCCACCCCGAAGACCCACAGAGCAAACAUCUAGACUUCACAGAACAUGCACCUCCCCAUCCCCACCAAGGAGUCGCUCAGAACAACUGGUUAGACUCAAAGACACCACGGCCAGGCUAGCCAAAGGUACCAUCCCAUGUUCGUCAGGGACCCCAGUUCCAAUUGUAGAGAAGAGAUCUGAAGUUGUCAUGUCUCCAGCCACACUCCGCAGGCAAAUUAAGAUAGAAAGUCAUGCCAGGGACUCUCCUCCCACCAUCACAAUACCUGUAAGUGUAAACCAUGUCGUUAGUGGUUCCUUCAGAGACUCUGUGGAAGCUCAAGAGGCAAUGAGGAAGAUAGAGCAAAAGGAGACUUACAUUCAUAAAGAUGAAAUGAAUUCGAUCAACAACACAAUGCCAGCGACAGAAAGCUAUGAUGCAGUUGAGAUCAUCCGCCAGGUGGAAGGGCCUCGCCUAUCAGAACACACAGAGAGAUUUGAAGCCGCCAAUCAAACAGUUCAAAUGGCUGAACGUUUUCUGAAUGGCCAUGAAAACGAAAUAAACAGAUGGUUUAGGGAAUUUGAGAAUGUCCCAGUUUUCGGAGCAAAGACAGAGAGAAGAGCUUAUGCAAAUGGUGAAAUAAACCACAACAUGAAACAAGAGAGUCACACAUUUUGUAAGGAGGAAUUUGGAUUAGCAUCUUCUGGAAAUGCUAAUUUUACAGGCUUUUCAUACAGACAUCCUAGAGAGCGCCAAGAAGUUCCAGCUAUGCAGCCCAGGGUUCACUCUGAAGCAAGGUCUCUGAGUGAGCAUUUCUUAGGUUUGGAUGCAUUUGACCAUCAGAUUGUUGAGUCAAAGGUGGCAACCUCAUCCUCACGUAGCUCAGAAGCUGGCAGGUCUGGCUUUGACUUCAAGCAUGCCCCACCAACCUAUGAAGAUGUGAUCGCUGGCCAUAUCCUAGAUCUUUCAGAUUCACCUACAAAUCUCAGAAGAGAUUUUCAGAAGACAUGGCAGGAGAGUGAGAGGGUUUUUCAGCACCUGGGAUAUGAAACCGCAGCUGCACAAGCACCUGAAAUGAAUAGGGCCUUCCAGGAGGAAUCUGCCUUUAUAAGUGAAACUGCUGGUCCAAGACAAGGAAACCUGCAUAAUUUGUCAAAAGACAGUUUAUCCAAUGGAGCGCCUCAUAGCAGAUCAGCAGAAUUUUCAUAAAUCUUGUUUCAGAUGCCAUCACUGCAGCAGUAAACUGAGUUUGGGAAAUUAUGCAUCACUCCAUGGACAAAUAUACUGCAAGCCUCACUUUAAACAACUUUUCAAGUCUAAAGGAAAUUAUGAUGA